CAUGGCGACACUACACAACGGAGUGCAAGGCGUGCUAGAACCCGUCACUCGUUUGCACAGAGUACAGAAUUAUUACGAAUCUGUCAUACCAGUCAAGGACCACGAUGCAGUUAAAUUGUUCAUAGGGCAGAUUCCUCGCAACCUAGACGAAAACGACCUGAAACCCUUGUUUGAUCAGUUUGGAAAAAUAUUCGAGUUGACAGUGUUAAAAGACAAGUACACAGGCACCCACAAAGGCUGUGCCUUUUUAACCUAUUGUACCAAGGACAGUGCAGUUCAAGCGCAGAAGGCUCUUCAUGAACAGAAGACAUUACCAGGGACUCAGAAAAUUCAAGAUGCAGAAAAACACCGAAUAAAAGAUAAUAUUGCUCUCAGACACAAGGAAAAGGAAAACGAAUUUUAA